AUGGAGUGGGAUCCGUUGUCUUCGCCUGAAGGCGGCCCAUCAAAGCCAGGAAAAGAUUGGCGUGAUCAGCUCCAAGUGCUAGAAGAGGCUAGGCUUGGAAGUGUCUUACUCAAAGCCUGGAAGGGCGAAUACGAAAGCGCAGAGCAAGCUGCCGAAGAUGUCAGAAAGAUUGCGGAGGAUAUGGGUAUCAAGAUCUUCAGCAGUGCGUCGGAAGUUGAUGACGCUUGGACGAACGUAUCCCAGCAGGAUGAAGUUGAUAUCGGCGAGCCUUGGGAGGAUGUUUUCGAACUAGACGAAGCCAAAGAGAGGUGGGGCGCUCGAACGCUUAGGUUCAAGCGGCAAGGCACGCAUGUGAAUUUGCCUGUGGCAGGAUAG